UAAGUGUCAAAACAAGCUGUUUGCAGUUUCAUUGUUCCAUAAUACAAUUAAUACAAAAUACUUAUUUAGGUUGUAACUUAGGAAGAGCUUACGUAGAAAAAUUUGAAAGACACUUUCGUAAAUUGGACAUGCAUGUGUAUAUACAUUUCAUAUACAUUGUAAAUAUUUUGUGUGAAAAAUUUUGCUAGGAAAAUGGGUAAUCAACUAGUUGGUUUAGCUCCUUCACAGAUUUUUCCAGUUGAACACUACCUAGACGACCAUGCGGAGUUGACGUUCGAUCAAAGUCUCGGUUCAACAAGAUUCUUCAAAGUAGCCCGCGCUCGGACAAAGGAGGGAUUAGUAGUAGUCAAGGUUUUCGUCAUCCACGACCCGUCGCUGCCUUUGGCUGUCCACAAGGAACGGACACUCAAGAUAAAGGAGCAACUCGCAUCUGCUUUUAAUUGUCUACCCUAUCAGAGAGUUAUCUUAACAGAUAAGGCUGGACUUCUUAUUCGUGGAUAUUGUAAAUAUAGUGUGUAUGAUAGAUUGGUAACAAGACCCUUUCUCACAAUAUUAGAAAAGAAAUGGGUAACAUUUCAAGUUUUGUACGCUUUGCACCGGAUGCAUAAGCUGGGCGUAUGCCAUGGUGAUAUAAAGCUGGAAAAUAUAAUGGUUACGUCAUGGCUAUGGGUUUUGUUGACGGACAUAGCGUCCUUCAAACCAACAUUUUUACCGGAAGAUAAUCCGGCCGACUUUAAUUACUUCUUUGAUACUUCAAAAAGAAGAAUAUGUUAUUUGGCGCCGGAAAGAUUUGUCAAAGCCCCAGAUCCAAAUGCCAGGUUUGCGGGUGACGACAGAAACAGUGGUCUUCUGUUAGGCGAAUCGCCGUGUAACGUUGGCGAACUUGUGCCAAGUAUGGAUAUAUUUUCAGCGGGGUGUGCUCUACUGGAAUUGUGGAAUGACGGAAAAUCGUUUUUCUCCUUGGAAGAGUUGCUGGCCUAUAGGAAUGGUGGCGAGAGACCCAAAAAUAUGAAUCUGCCAGAAAUAUGUGAACCGGGACUAAAGGAGCUCCUGUACUCCAUGACAGAGCUGAACCCCAAGGAUAGGAAGAGCGCUGAGAUUUAUUUGGACGAGGCGAGGGGAAAAUUAUUUCCAGAAUAUUUCUACUCGUUCCUCCAAUCAUACAUGCUCAUAUUUUCCGGGCAACCGAUACUACCAGCCGAUGAAAAGAUAACACGUAUACGCCAAGACAUUCAAAAUAUUAUUAAAAUCUUCACCCAACCUUCAAAUACGAAGAAUUAUCAAGACUUAGUCGAGGAGACCAAGGAGAGUAAGAAAGUCGAAAUUGACUCAUUAGUGAAGGAAAGGUUUAAGGUUAUGACGGUCAAUGUUACAGAUUUUAAGCAGGAAAGUGGGAAUAAGACCCCAAAGAAAAAAGAUUUGGGUCCCGACAGCGACGGGUUGGUUUUGAUUACGUCGCUGGUGACGUCAUGCGUCAGAGGGUUGCGUCAUUGCACUGCAAAGUUGCAUUGUCUGGAGAUAUUGCAAGCGCUUUGUGAAUAUUGCACUUCGGAGGUAGUUUUGGACAGGAUACUACCCUAUAUAAUAUACCUAACGCAGGCACCCGAGGCCCGUGUCCGCGCAGCCGCCAUUCGCUGUGUUACAAAUUCUCUAGAUUGUGUGAAAGACUUACCAGCUAGUGAUGCCAACGUUUUCCCGGAGUACAUUCUUCCCGAGCUGGCCCCCCGUGCCUCAGACCCUGCCGUACUCGUGAGACUCGCGUUCGCCAGCAAUAUUGCCACUUUAGCAGAAACGGCAUUUAGAUUUCUAGAUCAAACCCAGAAACAAGAGAAGGACCACCCGAAUAUCCAUUACGAAAAUGAAAGGUCGACGCUACAAGAGAUGAUCCGUUCUUCCGUUUCCUCUCUAUUAACUGACUCCCACGCAGUUGUGAAGAGAGCUCUCGUCGAGAACGGCAUUACGGAAUUGUGUGUGUUCUUUGGAUGUCAGAAAGCGAACGACGUAAUCCUGUCCCACAUGGUGACGUUCUUGAACGAUAAGGAAGACGUGGGGCUCCGCGGGUGUUUCUUUGAACGUAUAAUGGAAGUCGGAUCGUACGUUGGUCCUCACGCCGCACAGAUACUUCUGCCUUUACUGCAACAGGGUCUGACGGAUCAGUCUGAGUGGAUCAUCGCUAGCGCCCUACGAGCAAGUUACAUGCUGGCGAUGGCAGGGCUAUUACACAAGCAGGCCCUUUGUGACCUUUUGGCAGAGAGUGCUGUCUACCUAGCACACCCCAACCUCUGGAUACGACACGAAGUAUGCGGUCUAGUGUCUUGUAUAGCGAGUCAUCUGAAUCCAAUCGACGUGAACUGCAAGGUACUGCCGCUAGUGUGGCCGCACCUCAAACACAAACUGAUACAGGUUGAAAGAGUUGAACUUCUUCUGGAGAGCCUAUCAGAACCUAUUCCUAGGAAAGUGCUCGACGCUGUUUUAAGACAUGGUGAUGUCGACCGACUCGUGCAAACGUUGAGAGAAAGACGAAAUGCUAGGUUGAAGGUUAAACAAGGUAUGGUGCCUCAGUACUCGGAAAUGGGACAGCAGCUGAAAAAUUUAUUUAGAAGAUUAGCUUCUGAUGGUAUGACGGAGCAUGUGGAAAAUCAAUUGUUGGCGAUGAGUGCCCAUCUCAUCAAGAUACAGGGUAGCGCUACACAGGUAUGGAAAGAUGUUUUGCAACAAAAUGCAACAUUUUUUCUUGCAAAACUUGUCAAUAUUUCUCAUAUAACAGAUGCUCCUGGAAGGCUGGUAUUAACUGGAGCGGGGCUCUCUCGUGUUGCUCAACUCGAUAGUGAGAGUUUAACCCACCAUGCUGAUAAGAUGUACCAGCAAUCUGGUCAAAGACGUUCGCAUAAAACUUCUCUUUCCCAAGAGACUCAAAUGAAUACAGAAUGGCAACAUAUGUUUGGACAGGCCCAAGACCAAAUAUCUAUGAAAGCAUCAGAGCAAGUGACCCAAUCAGGUCAGGGUACGUCAAGUGUAGGUGUGGCUCAGACCAGCGUCAAUAACAGCCAGCCAUCUAACUCGCAGAUGGGGCAUAGCUCCAGCUAUGUGCAAUAUAGCAUGGCUCCUUGUCGAACGGAAGUGUUAAACCUCAUUUCUCGAAUGCAACAAAAGUAUCGAAAAUCUUUGAGAAGUCAAGAUGACAAUGUAGAAGCUCGUGAAGAUCUGCAACCACCAGUGGCGUGGCGACCAGGAAAUCAGCUACUAGCUUACUUACAUGAACACAAAGCACGCGUGAAUCAACUAGUUCGUCUGCCGAGUCAGCGAGGUCUGUUCGGGUCCUGUUCUGAUGACGGCACCGUGAGGCUUUGGGAUGCUACUCGACUGCAGGGACACGCCUAUGUUAACAGAUCGAAAUCAAUGUACAAUCGCAGUGCCGGACCCGUUAUAUCGCUCGCGGCUUGCGAAGGAGGACAAUCCUUAGCAGCAGCUACGCAAGAAUCUAUAUUUGUACUUAGACUGGACAGCGGCUCGUCCCGCAUGAGCCUGUCGCAGUGCCGGCAGCUGGAGCGCGGCGCCGACGCGUGCGUGGCGCUCGCGGCCGCGGGCGGCGUGCACGCCGGGGUCAUCUCGUACGCCACGCUGGGGGCCGCCGUGCUGGGCUGGGACCUGCGCGCUCCGGGUGACGCUUGGAAGCUCCAAGGCGACCUCAAGCAAGGCGUGUACACUUGCCUCUAUGCUAACAGCGCUGGAUACCUGGCGGUCGGAACAUCGAGUGGUGCGGUUUGCGUCUGGGAUUUAAGAUUUGGACUGCCUAUCACGUCGGUUAAACAUCCCAAUUCGGAACGCAUCCGUCACAUCGUGGGCUUCGGCGGGCAGUCGUCGCGCGUGUGGGCGGCCGGGCCCCGCGACGCGUCCGCCUGGUGCCUGGAGUCCACGCAGCGCACGCACGCGCUGUGGCCCGCCACCGCCGGCGCGCAGCCGCUGCACUACUCGCCCGCCUCUUCACAUUCAAUAACCUCUCUCUACUGCGGCACGCGUGACGGAAACAGGUUUCUUAUAACUGGUGGUACAGAUCUACGGCUACGUUACUGGGAUCUCCAGCAUCCAGACGACUCCCAUGUGCUGCUACACGCACCUUUUGAUCAAUUACAGUCGAAAUAUAAGAGCAGAAUUAUCGACGGGACAACAGUAAUCCAGGAGUCAUUUAAAUCGAACCCCCCAGCACCGCUCUCAGCGUCCCAGCAAGAAGAAAACGUAUACCGUUCUGUGGAAUCCAGAACCUUCUAUCACACCGCACCUAUCACAGAUAUUACUCUAGUAGAGGGCAACAAAUGUUAUCUAGUCAGUUCUUCCGCUGAUGGUGUGAUAAACGUUUGGAAAUAAUGCUUGCCCUUGUUAUGUAUAUCAAAAAAUUAAAUCGACACCCUUAAGGAAUACAACGCGAACUGAAUUUUUGGGUAUCUUAUGUUUUAUGGGAAUAACUCAUAAAUGUUUUAGGGUCUGUUUCACUAAUGGCUCAUAAAAUUUAUCCUGCCAAUAAGUUAGAAAUAAACUUUAACAACAGGAAAUAAAAUAGACAAUUAGGACCUAUUUCUCCUCAAUUGACAAAUUAAAACUUUUAAAUUCAAAAUUGCGAAUAGGAACAUCCCAUAAAUCAAUUUGACAGUGAAAUAGAAAAAGACAAAAUAAACAUUUAUCUGUUGGGUACCGUCAUACGUCAGAUAGCUAAUAAUAAUGGCAAAAAGUCAGCCCUUUCCUAUUGUUUCUACUGUUACUAUGAACUUACUCAACCUGUAAAUUUUAUUAAAAUAACUACUGUAUUAUUAUUUUUCUUUAGAGGCUUACCAGUAUACAACAAAGAGAAUUGACUAGUAUUCCUUACGGAUAUCCUCAUGUUAUUUUUAUUCCUUAGAAUGAAAGGUGAAAUGAAUGUAUAUAUUGAAAAUUAAUUGUAGAAAUUAUCAUAACUAAGUGCAUAUUUAUGCAACUGCAUGAUGAGAGAUGCAGACUGCAUAGUCUAUGCUAGCGAAAUAAUAUAUCUCUAUUUUAUUUUUAGUUCCUUUAUUUUUUAUUCUAUCAUAGCAAUUUCAUAAUACUUUCUUGAUUAGUCUUGCUUCUGAUGGUAAUAAUAUAUAAACCCAAAAUCCCGUAACAAGGAAUUUGUAAACUAAAGUCUAAGUUACUAUAUUAAAGAAAUGAAUGAAAAGGAAUGAAUGGUUUUUUAAAUAUAGCAAUUCAAAUUUA